CAGCAGCUCCCACUCGGGACGACCCCUCCCAGCGGGGCCGCAGGCUGGAGGAUGCAGCGUGGCUGCCCGUCGCAGGGGCUGCCCGUCCUGCCCGGCUCCUGCUGGGUGCCAGGGCUGGUCUUCCCCGACUGGGCGUACAAAGCCGAGUCCAGCCCCGGCUCCCGGCAGAUCCAGUUAUGGCAUUUCAUCCUGGAGCUGCUGCAGAAGGAGGAGUUCCGCCAUGUCAUCGCCUGGCAGCAGGGCGAGUACGGGGAGUUCGUCAUCAAGGACCCUGACGAAGUGGCCCGGCUGUGGGGUCGGAGGAAAUGCAAACCCCAGAUGAACUACGACAAGCUGAGCCGGGCUCUCAGGUACUACUACAACAAGCGCAUCCUGCACAAAACCAAGGGCAAACGCUUCACCUACAAGUUCAACUUCAGCAAACUCAUCUUCCUCAGCUGCCCCGCGUGGGAUGCCCGCUGCCCGUCCUCGCUGCCGGGCACCGGCUGCCUGUGCCGUCCCCCCGCCGUGCCCCCUGGCAUGCCGAGCCAGUUAGUGCCGAGCGUGCUGCUGAGCCGGCGGGCGAUGGCGGAGCCGCUGGCCUGGCACCGGGGUCCCCGGCACCCUGACAUGCUGGAGGAGAGGGCGGCCGCCGCCGGGACCCGUAAGUUCACACACGUGCCAGCACCCAGCGCGCUGCUGCCCGCACAGGCAGGGGCUGCGUCGGGGACAGGCAGGGCUCGCUGCCUGCAGGCAGGGCAGCGGGGUGGUGGAGAGCAGCCAGGGCGUUGGUGGGUGCAGGGUACGGUGGGGCUCGGGGCCCUUGGUGCAGGCAGCAGGGCCCUGCCUGCAGCCCCAGCGCAGGCAGGCAGGCAGGCAGGGCCUCCGCGUUGCCAGUCCCACAGCAGCACCCAGUGGCUGUGGCUGGGAGAGAGGACGGGGCACCCACCCGUGGGGUGCCGAGGCCAGGGGAGAGGGGACCGGCCGGAGCAUCCGGGGGUGCUGCCCGCGCCCCACGGCGUGACCCCAGCUCGGCCCUGCUGUACGGUGCCACCGGCCACGCUCACGGCGCUGCCUGUCUCUCGCUGCCCGCAGGCCUUGGCUCCGCGUCCCCCCAGUGUCUGGGGGGCUCGUGCUGCCGUCUGGGGGUCCCGGAGCAGCUUCCCCGCCUGGCCACCUUCCCCCCGCCGCUGCCGGCCCUGGGCCCCCUGGCACCCGGCUGGGCCACCUUCCCCGGCCACAGCCUUCCCCGGGCUCCCGCUCGUGGCCGGGGGGCCGGUGCCAGAGCCCCCAUCAUCCCAGCCGAGGGAGGAAGGCAAGGAGGAGGAAGAGGAGGAGGAGGAGGAAGGCCGGCGCGAUGCCACCGCUGCGCAGAGCUGCCCCGGGGUGAAGCUGGAGCUCAAGGGCAGGGGGGCUGGCAAAAGUGGGGUGCUCCCAGCCAGCAGCUUCGCACCCCUCCAGCCCCCCAGCUGGUCCCUCCAGCCGCCCUAG